AGCGGUAAAUUCUCGAACGAAAAAUAGUACAAUCUAUCAAAUAAAUGACACUGACCUGCGUGAUCGUGAUAUUGGUGUAUAGCUACGCGAGAUAUUUUUAAGCUCGAGUAGUGAUCUUAGUAUUUGGAUAGGUUAAACGAACCGGUGGAGGGAAACGAAGACAAGUUUUUAGACGCUGACACGAAUAACGAAAUGAUACUAAAUCCGGCGAAGUAUAUUCUCAAAGUGGAUACAAAUUCGGAUCCGGGAGCAAUCGACGAUUUCUGCGAUGAUAUCCAAUAUCUGGAUGAAAAAAAAGAAAUAGCGCCUGACAACGUGGAACCACUGUACGAAGAGUUAAAAAAAAUAUACGACUGGAACGAGGACGAGACGAAAGUAAAACCUCGAAUAAAGGGAGAUCAAAGGAUGUAUCAGGAAUCUUACGGCAAAGUAGAUCCCAUCGAUAGAGUAGCGGGUGAACCGUUUAAAGAUCAAGUCGAGCCUCCGCAAGUUCACGAUGAUCCGACUAAAACAUUCGUUUCCAGCCCCAACUUAUCGCCUCUUUUGCUCGUUUACACUGGAUCAGGGAAAUCCGAAAUUGGCGAAAGAACGUACCCAGCCGUAUCAUCUGGUCGGCACGAAAGCCACGCCGCGAACGUUUCCCGAAGUAAUUAUUUUGCUCUUAAAAGCACAGACGAUAUGUUUAAAGGCGGGUCGGAGCAAAGUAACAGCACCGGGGAAAAAUUACGAGGACCUAGCGCUAUCGGAACGACCGGUGAAUGGCAAACACAAAAGGUGAGCGGAGUGAGAAACGGCGGGGCAAAAGGAAAAGAUGCCGUGAGCUGGUCAUUAACGGGCCAGAAGCAAUAUAUUGACACAGAUUCGCGUUCUCCUUACGAGAACCGUAAAUAUCUGGAAUCACAGGUUCCACGUGGAUGGGAACACGUCCAAAAUAUAGAUCGCGUGAAACAGACGAUCGUUAGCUCUAAGGACCUGCAUGAAUCUUUUGUCGAGCCCCUGGAAUGGAUCGACGAUUUCGACAAAGACAUAAGGGUCAGACUCAGCAGAAGCUUGAAAACCGUCGAUUCGAACACGCUUGCAUAUAUUGAAUCUAGUACAACGAAAUAUGAAAAGAGUUCGGUUAAUGGUUUCAUCGAUAGGGCUCCGAUUGAAAAUGGAACGACGUUAAAGACUGAAGAUUCCACCAAGGUUGCUCUCGUUAGCCAUCCGCCUUUAGAUAUUCAACAAUUAUUUCAAGAUGAUAGAAGAACGAAAAGGGAAGUUGCGACUAUUUAUGAUACGUAUGACGAUGACGAGGAUCGACGUAAUCGCGAUUCCGAGAGAAUGGACUACGAUCUGUAUUCGAGCGAUAAAGAAAAGACGAGCGACAAUUUUCAACUAUUAAACUCGUACGAUGACACAGAUGAUGAGAAUCAGGAGCUAUUUAACUCGAAGGAUGUUCGGGAGUAUGAUUAUCUGGACGACGACGAGGACGAUUACGCAGGCAUCGUUAGAAACGCAGAUUCAAAAAGAAAAGAACAUGCCGUUAAGAAGAAGAGUUAUGGGAAAGCGUUGAAAAAAGGAAGAAGGAAGAUCGUGCCGCUAAGUCGAGUAAGAAUCGCAGAAAACGAAGACAUCGCAAGAACAAAAAGAUGA